UCUUUUUUGUGUAUAUGCAGAGCACAAAGUAAUCAUAGUGGGACUUGAUAAUGCUGGAAAGACUACUAUUCUUUACCAAUUCUUAAUGAAUGAAGUGGUUCAUACUUCUCCAACCAUAGGAAGCAAUGUAGAAGAAAUAGUGGUGAAAAACACUCAUUUCUUAAUGUGGGAUAUUGGAGGACAAGAAUCAUUACGGUCAUCAUGGAAUACCUAUUAUUCAAACACAGAGUUCAUCAUUCUUGUUGUUGACAGCAUUGACAGAGAGCGACUUUCUAUUACAAAAGAAGAACUUUAUAGAAUGCUGGCUCAUGAGGAUUUACGGAAGGCUGCAGUUCUCAUCUUUGCAAACAAGCAGGACAUGAAAGGUUGCAUGACAGCUGCUGAGAUAUCUACAUACCUCACCCUUAGCUCCAUAAAGGAUCACCCGUGGCACAUUCAGUCCUGUUGUGCUUUGACAGGAGAAGGAUUAUGCCAAGGCUUGGAGUGGAUGACCUCCCGUAUUGGAGUGAGAUAGCUUCCCCCCCCACCCCCCAAAAAAAAGAAGAGACUUCUAUUUAUCCUGUGAACAUGUACAUUUUUCUGUACUUCUGGCUGCUGAGGCAGUGACCAUGUUUAAUUUAUAUCAGCCAACCCCCAGCUGUACUUGAAUCAAGUGCAGUUGAACUGAAACACAAAGUAUUUUCUUAACUUUUUUUAAUACACUAAUCUUCAACUGGAUGAACGUAUGUGAAUCUGUUUUUAAGCAUUGAAAUUCCUCUGAAUAUGUAUUCUAACUUUUUCAAUGAUAGCUUUUUAAAAUCUGUUUUGUCAUUGUCAAUAUUUCAUACUUCCUCUUUCUAAAUAGUUUAUAUAACUUACUAACGUAAAUGAGCACAGUUUGUUUAAUAAUGAAAAAGUAGUGAGUAGGUUGACUUUACUCUGGCAUAGCUUUAGCCUCUAAGGAUAACCUAUCUCCAGCUGGGCUUUUUGGAACAUUAGUAGAGUUUUAGCCAGCAUGGGAGUUAAUAGUUAUGAAUGCAAAUUUUUAAAUGCUGAACGAGUUAGUUAUAGUUAAUAUUGUGGUGGCUUUUAACCUGGUAUAUAAUUGAACUUCUGCCUUAAGAGAAAUGUAUUUCAUUCUCAGUUUCUCUGGUAAGUAGUUCUAGGAUAUGAUUUUUUUUUUUUCUUAAAAAUAAUCUCUGUACAGUGAAUAAAAAUUUUGUUAUUAAGUGCUGGUUUAGUCAUUUAGAACUGGAAUACCUUUUUAAAUGUAAACCUUUUGAUAAUUAAAUUUGGAAUCACGGCAGCCAGUGUUAUGUGUAGACUUGCUGUAAUCUGUUAAAAUUUUAAAUGCUGUAUACAUGAGCCUUCCUCACAUUUAGUGAGAGUGCGGUUUUCUAAAUGAAUGCAAAAUCAAAAGGGAAGCCAGAUUCAUAAACAGAACAAAAUCAUGGUGCUGUAUCUGUAGACUUCGGAGUAAGUUAAUCUUGACAUUUAUUUACCUACUAUCAAAUGUUUUCAGAUUCUGUUGCAGAGAAAAUAUUUUGCCUUAAUUUUUCUUUUUAGCCUUAUUUGCAGGAGCAGAGAACUUUUGAUGGUGUUUGAGUUAGAUUCAUUCACCUGAAAUUUAGGAACUGAAAGCUGAAGAAGUAGAGAGCUUCCAUUUACGAAACAAGUGUUGAAAGAUUGGACCUGGUAAAUCUUAAUUCAGUUUGAAGGGGAUGAAGUUAGAUCUGUAAAGAGAAUCUAAAGCUAUGGAUGAAGUUAAUUGAGAACAUUAGCCACCAAAAAAAAAAAACCAACCACAAAACACCCCCAAAAAAUCUGAGAAAAAAAUAAAAAAGAAAACAAAAACAAUAGUGGACACCCAAUUCCUAAUGAAAUCCCAGCAGCAGUCAAGGAUUUAACCUACAUAAAUGCUUGGCAGAUUUUCCAAAAGCACCAUUCUGCACUUUUGCAUGCCUAAAAACCAUGUGGAGUCUGGUUACUAAACCAUUAUGCUAAUUGACUAGAGUCCUUUAAUGACAAAAUGUUGUUGAUAAAUCUUGUUUUGAUAAUUCAAGCACACUGAGUUUAAUAAAAUUUUAAGUUUUGUAAAUUUCAAUUGGAUUCCAUCUUUAUUUGAACAAAGCUUAACGAAAUUUCAAAAGUAUCAGCAAAUACGUUGUCAUAAGUGUUAAAAAGAAGACUUGGAAGACAUGUGGAAUCAGUCACUGGUUGAAGGAAGUUACAUAUUAAUGCUGGUUAACAAAAGUCACAUUUAGGAGAAAGACUAUGUUGAGUGUCAAGUCAAAAUGCUCAGAAAAUAAUUUACAUCAGUGAAAAGUAGUGCUUAAAGAAAUAAGAGGAAUGCAAGGCAAGGUUAAAAUCUGAUACUAAAGCUUCUUGCUCCAAUGUUCAUGCCUAACAAGUGUUCUAAUGUGUGAAAAUAAGAUUUGUUUUGUUCUUAGGGAAGCAAAUUAUAAAUUAAGACAAUAAAAUGAUACUGUAAAUGAA